CGUCCUCGAGGACACGGUUGACCGACUGGGUCUGCGGCAGGCUGUGAGGGCGCUGGUCUCUCACGGCGUAGGGGAGACGGCUUGUCGGAUGGGGUGUGUGUGUGUGGGGGGCAGUGGGCAGCGGGCAGCUUUCACCGUCUGGCUUUGUUUGCGCACACAGGGCUCCCCUCCUGAGCAAGUGGCCGCAGCGCUGCUGGCUGUCCCGGAAGGGGAGAGGUUCGCCAAGUUCUGGAUCUGUCGGGCCCACUUGCUGGAAAGGACCGGUCCGCUGGAAGCUGUCAUCGCACUGUAUGAGCAGGCUGUGCACAGUGGGGCGGAGCCCGUCGAAGAGUUGCGGUCUGCGCUGGUGGAAGCCAUCAUGAGGAACGCGAACGCUCUGUCGGCCUCUGCAGGUAACUCCACAGCCCUGAGCCCGCGCUACGGGCCGUCAGAGCGACCGGCAACG